AUCAACAAGUUUACGAUAUUGCACUACAGUCCUUUCAAAGCCGUCUGGGAUUGGCUCAUUUUACUGCUUGUGAUCUACACUGCCAUCUUCACCCCUUACUCGGCUGCCUUCCUUCUCAACGACAGCGAAGAACAGAAGAGGCGGGUGUGUGGCUAUUCCUGCAACCCCUUGAACAUGGUAGACUUAAUUGUGGAUAUUAUGUUUAUCAUUGACAUUCUCAUAAACUUCCGAACGACAUAUGUCAACCAGAAUGAAGAAGUGGUAAGUGACCCGGCGAGAAUAGCCAUUCACUACUUCAAAGGCUGGUUCCUAAUUGACAUGGUUGCUGCAAUACCUUUUGACCUGCUGAUCUUUGGAUCGGGCUCGGAUGAGACAACAACUCUCAUUGGCCUUCUGAAGACAGCCCGUCUACUGCGUUUAGUGAGGGUUGCCCGCAAACUGGACAGAUACUCGGAAUAUGGUGCGGCUGUCUUGAUGCUACUGAUGUGCAUAUUUGCACUCAUUGCUCACUGGCUGGCUUGCAUUUGGUAUGCCAUUGGGAAUGUUGAAAGGCAUUACUUGUCUCGUAAAAUCGGUUGGUUGGAUUCCCUCGGACAGCAGCUGGGAAAACAUUACAAUCGGAGUGACGGCAGCUCAGGACCAUCCAUCAAAGACAAAUACGUCACUGCACUUUAUUUUACCUUCAGCAGCCUGACCAGUGUAGGAUUUGGAAAUGUGUCUCCAAAUACCAACUCAGAGAAAAUCUUUUCUAUUUGCGUCAUGCUGAUUGGCUCAUUAAUGUAUGCAAGCAUUUUUGGAAACGUAUCUGCAAUAAUCCAAAGGCUAUAUUCUGGAACGGCACGGUAUCACAUGCAGAUGCUACGUGUGAAAGAGUUCAUUCGCUUUCAUCAGAUUCCCAACCCACUGAGGCAGAGGCUCGAAGAAUAUUUCCAGCAUGCGUGGACGUACACCAAUGGCAUUGACAUGAACAUGGUCCUAAAGGGGUUUCCAGAAUGUUUGCAAGCUGAUAUAUGUCUCCACCUCAACCAAAGUUUACUUCAAAACUGCAAAGCUUUCGAGGGGGCGAGUAAAGGGUGUCUCCGGGCUCUGGCUAUGAAGUUUAAAACUACUCAUGCACCUCCUGGGGACACACUAGUCCAUUGUGGGGAUGUCCUGACUGCACUUUACUUCCUUUCCCGAGGCUCCAUUGAAAUCCUCAAGAAUGACAUGGUUGUAGCAAUUCUUGGCAAAAAUGAUAUUUUUGGAGAAAUGGUCCAUCUUUAUGCAAAACCAGGAAAAUCAAAUGCAGAUGUGAGAGCACUAACCUACUGUGACUUACAUAAAAUCCAGCGAGAAGACUUGUUAGAAGUUUUGGAUAUGUAUCCUGAAUUUUCAGACCUGUUUCUCACCAAUUUAGAACUCACUUUCAACUUGAGACAUGAAAAUGCAAAAGCUGAUCUUGCAAUAAGGCGACAGAUCACAAAUGAUUCGGAUGGAGACAGUGGUAAACUCCGAAGAAGGAAAUUGUCUUUUGAAAGUGACAUGGAUAAAGAUUAUGACAAAGAAGAUGAGAAUUCCAUGGACAACAACCAGCAUUGUCAGGCCAUCGAGAAACAUUAUGUGGAAAAGAGAAGCAGGUCAUCAUCUUCUGUGUCAUCGACAGAUGAUGAGCAGAAACCUUUUUUUUCUGAGAUCAUAGGCUACCCAGCUGGACUAGGCAAGGCUGCAGUAUUGGAUUUUGAGGAAAUGGUGAAUGCAACAGAAAGACUCCAAAGUGAUCGACGAAGUCACUCCUGUAAAGAUAUCAGGGACAGGAGAACCUGGGAGGAAGAGCAGAGCAGAAGUCACCAAGAAUCCUCUUGUCCAUCCGCAUUACCUCCUGUCACCUGGGGGAUCUCUGAAACAGAAAGUGAAAUCAACUAUGGCGAAGUGGAGCAGAGGCUAGAUCUACUUCAAGAGCAACUCAGCAGGCUUGAAUCCCAAAUGACAGCUGACAUUCAAACCAUCUUACAGCUGUUGCAGAGACAGUCAGCCCUCAUCCCACCUGCUUAUAGCAUGGUGAUGGCAAAUGCAGAUUACCAGAAACCAGCUGUCCGGCUAUUGCGACGUCUUCAUCCCAUCGCAUCAAUUAAAACAGAUCGAAGCUUCAGUCCUUCACAGGGUCCCAAAUUCUUGGAUCUUGACAAAUUGAAAGAGAAAUCCAAAGAAUCCCUCUCAAGUGGAGAGCAUCUUCACCUGGCCUCGGAAGAUAACCUGGCUUCCCUUUUGGAACAGGAGCACGACUGCUCUGUAGAGCCAGUCCCAUCACUCCGUAAGACCUACCUCCACCCAAAUAGGCACCCAUCCUUGCCCGAAUCUCCCCUAAGCACGACAGGAAUGUUGGGUCUCCAUAGGCAUGUCUCUGAUCCUGGUCUUCCUGGGAAAUGACCCUUUUGCAUUAUUACAUCACCUAAAAAUGUAAGUGCUUUUAACGUCUGGGUUUUUUUUUCUUUUUUCUUUCUUCCUUUACUAUUAUUUUUUCUAUCAAAAUCUCAAUACUUGACUCAGGGGCUACAAGGAUAUACCAUUAUAUGCAAAAGUACUGUAUAUUUUCCUAUCUUUGAAGCUUGUAAGGAAAGUUGAUCAGUAACAAAUGUAAAUAUAUAAAUAUAUAGAUAUAUACAUAUAUAAACAAACAAACAAAAACGGUAUGUUGCAAAUAUAAAACUGCCAGCAUUCUCGAGGCACCUUCUAUUUUUUAAUUUUUUAAAAAGCACCUUGCAUGCUUGGAAAUGAUAAUGGUUCUGUUGCAUGGAGGUUCCUGUUUACUGUUUUCAAUUAAAAACUAUUUUAUUGCGGACAUGCCUUCAAAAAAAAAAAAAGAUGAGAAUGACCCAAAAACAAAAACGACUUGCUUUUCUUGAACGACUUUACCUUCCAACAAUUUUCUCUUCUAAUUUUAUUUUAUUUUAUUUUAUUGGAAAACACUACAAUUACCCUUCUAGGAUUGAGCAUUUUGCAAAGCAACCUCCUUUAGCUUUGAACAUAAGGAAGACAUAGAUUUUUCUACGGAAACUUUGUAGUU